UUUACAGAAAACAAACGUAACGUGUGCCAUAUUUUGGGAAUAGUCAUUUGCCUCUCUGAAGGUUUAAUAAGUUGUGACGGUCUAUUCGCUGUAUUCCAGUAGUCCUUUCAAGCUGUUCACUUCAAAAAUAAAACAUUAAAUUCCAGGAAUCAAAGUUUCCAAGCAACCAAACCCAGCAAACAAAACUAUUGUACACGAUAUUUACGUCUUUGUUGCCUGGGAAUCCUGUUGCUGCUCCACACCUCACUCUAAACACUUGCAAAACCCACUCACUGGUUCUUGCAGCUGCAGCUGCCUUGCAGUUUAGGAAAGAUCAAGUCAGAAACAUGUAGAUCAGAGAGUUAUGAUUCCUGAGUGGCUGAGGCAGCGAUGAGCAAUCAAGAGGUGGUCGUUCUGAGCGUGGGAGGUGUGAGAUAUGUAACCCGCGCUUCCACCUUGCAGCAGUUCCCUGAGUCCAGGCUGGCACGGAUGUUGAACCGUGAUGACGGGGAAUUCAAACUGGUGAAUGGAGAAUUUUUUGUGGACAGAGAUGGAGCUUUGUUUAGUUACAUCAUGGACUUCUUGAGGACUCUACAGGUCUCCUUACCGACUGAUUUCUCAGACUAUCAGAGGCUGCGGAGAGAAGCAGAAUUCUAUGGACUCCACCCCCUGGCUGACCUCUUGAGCCAGGAACACUUGCUAAAGCCGAGGCUGGAGAUCUUGGAAGUGCGUUUUUCUCUCCAAGAAAUGCAGGCCUUUUUCCGGAUCUUUGGUUCCUGCAGUACCACCGUGGAGGCACUAGCUGAGCAGAUCACUGUGUUUACAGGGCAGCAGUCAGGACAGAGCUGGAGCAGCCCUUUUCCUUCUCAGAAAACACUUGUUCCACUCCCUUUGGAAAGACCUUCUCAUCACGACAUGGUUUUUCAGUGUGGUACUGAGUACUCUGCUGGGGACCAGUUUGUGGCAAGGUAUGUUUCCAUAAAGCCUGAUAAUAGGAAGCUGAUUAAUGGUACUAAUGUGCUAGGCCUGCUGUUUCACACUUUACUCAAAGAUGGAUUUCGUCUCAUAAGUGCCAGGACAGUGGCCAGUGAAGAAAAGGUUGAAUGCUACAGUUUUGAAAGGAUGAAGAGGCCAUCAGGCCUUACUGUCACGGUGAACCAAACCCCAGGGAGCUCUGGGGUAGCACAGAUGCAGUGGAGUCUCCAAAUGCUGGAAAUUUUGAAGAGGAUGCUAAAUGAUUCCAUCGGGGCUCCCUUCCCCAUGAAAGGCUGGACCAGAUGAUCUUUUGAAUUCCCUUCCAGCCUGGCCUGUUCUAUGAUUCUGUGGAGACCUUCUCUGAAGGUCUGCGUCAGGAAGCCUGUCAUGGUGGGCUUUGAAGUCAGCCUGCUGAUGGCAGCAUUCAGGUGACACAGCUGUGUGGGUGACUGUCCCCACAGGUCGCUCUACUACAGAGAUGACACUCCUUGUAUGAAAACAAUAAUGUUGAGUAUUGAGUGAGUCAUUGACUGUGAAUAUUGUUGGUGGAGAAACUUGCCAACAAUAAUGAGAAACACAAGACAAAAAGUGAUAACUUUUUAUGGAAAAAGUUAAAAAAAUAGACUUGAGGCUGUAUUUAGACACCAUGCCCUAAAUGAUCGAUGAUAGUAGCGAUGCAAACUAAGUGAGACUAGUUUCUGAACGUCUCAUAGUAACAGUUACACUAUUUCAUCUACCACAAGAAUACUGACUAUUUUCCUUGCUGUAGCAGCCACUAGGAAAAUUGAGGUUUGGAUUACUUUUUUUAUAAAUAAAGUGAAAGAAAAUAUGAAAUAUUUCCAUUUUUAAAAAGCCCUGGAGUUUUAACCUAUGGCAUCACCCAUGGUCCAUGGCUUUGGCAAAAUGAAUAUUUGGUACAACCAUUUCAGUAACAACUUAUGAUGGGCUAAUGCUGAACACUUUUUUGUUCCCCUCAGGGAUUAAUUUUUAUUCAGCACAAACAUCAUUCUAUGAAUGCAUUAUUUCGGCUCUGGAAAAAUAUACCAGUGCAAUUUCCUGUCAUAUAAAGGACUGUAUGUGCUUUACCUCGACCUUGGGUAAUGGCAUACUGUGAGACUGCACGUCUUUUUGAAGUGAAACACGACUGUCAGCAAGCUUGGAUUCCCAGAGUUCUCCUAGCAUUUACUCUUACUUAGCAAUGAACUGUGAAUUGUCACCUUCUGUCACUUGUGUGCCUGCAGAGAACAUGACUAGGCUCUUAUACAACACUUCCAUUUUGUUGUUGUUUUUUUUUUAACUGACAGUCGCUUAAAUAAGUUUGAGAGCAUGUGUGUAUGUGUGUGAAGAACCUCAUAGAAAUGUGUUGUGACCUAUACUAGUAGGAUAACUAUGACUUUAAUUGAAGAUGAAUUGAAUUAAUUAAUUUAACUGAAGCUGGUUCUUCAAUGGAAUGCACCUUCCUGGAUUUCUUUUUACAGAAAAUGAAAGCAGUGAUGGUAGAGCUACAGGUGUUGUGUAGCUUCAAGCUACAUAUAAAUAACAGUAAUCAUGGAGGAAGGGGUGAAAUUAUGUUCAUUUGCAGACAAGUUAAUAUAAAAGUAGCAUCGAUUUACUAGGAGGAUCAGCUGGCCUCCACCUUGCAUGAUCAUUUAUGCUACUGCAAAGCAUUGCUGAGCCAGGAUGACAGUUUUUCUGUGCCCUCUUUGAAGUGGUAUGCAGUGUAACCUGCAGGCACUAGGGCAGGAAUUUAGUAGGGGCCAAUGUUGUUACUGCACUUUCUGUUCUGAGGUCCCAAAAAGCAGGGAUGCAGCAGAGAGCAGACCAUGUGGUAUGCACUCAGCAGAGCGGUUCACACUGGUACAUUUGCAGAGAAGGGAACAGCUGUACAAGUAGAAGUGAGUUUGGCUGAUGGGAACUACGAGUCUGAGUGAUUCAAAAGCCUCUUGGUCAAAACCAGAUUAUACGCUAAACCGAGUACUUUCACCCAGAUCUUGGCAGGCAAGUUAACUGAUACCUCACAGCACAAUCUCUGUUAGACUAGCAGCUGCUGGAGUAAUUGUAUCAUGCCCAGGGGUAGUUACUUCUGUUAACUUUGGAGAAACUUUUCUGCACACUGGGCUGUUUAUACUUUCUACCUGUUUUGGUUGUUUUCUAGCUUUCCAACACUCAACAGUAACUCCUUUAAUCUGAGCAGAGCAAGGCUGAUGUGCUUUUAUCUGUCUCUGAAGUGGAUAAGUCUAAGGUAUAUUCCAAUUCAGUACCAGAAAGCCACCAAAGUGGAUCAGAAGCCCUGUCUGAGUCCACAACGAAACAUUCAUAACUUUGAAUAUUUUUUUUUUUUUAAAAUUUGUUCUCAGAUUGCUGGAAAGUGUUACUGAAUAUUCACUGAGAAACAAGCUGGGAGUUAUCCAAGAGGAGAAGGGAGGCUCAUUUCUUCUUACUCCUUCCCUCUGAUUUGUGCUGAACCAUUGCCAGGCUUUAAGUUUACAAGGUUUAUUUUUAUCGAUUUUCAACAAUAAACAGAGGGAGUAUCUUCAGUAAAAGAUUUACAGUGCAUCACGAGGAAAUAAAACUCCCUACCAAAUAUUAUAUUGAUCUAUUCCCAGAUGCUACUGAAACAGCAAAUAAAAGCUCAAAUGAAGUCCAGUGAUGGAGAACUUCCUCUCUUUAGUGACAGAUGCAUAUGACUGUUAUGUCUUCAGAAAACAAUAAAAAGGAAGGGAAUGACUCUGCUUCUUUGACCAUAUCUUCAACAGCCCAGUUAAAUCUGUCAACUCAAUGUAAUCCACAUAAAUAACAAAUUUGGGAACCAAAGGAACUGCUAGUGUGUCUGAAGAUUCCCAUUCUUUGAAGCUGCCUCUCCUGCUGCAGUCAGGCCAUAAUUAGUCACAGAAGGCCUUGUUGUGACUAGCAAAUGGAUGGACCAACAAUGAUUUGAAUAGUCUGGUUCUGGCUGGAGAUAUGCCUGGAGCCCUGAAUAUUCUCAAAUGGGUGGGUGAAAUGUAAAUCACUAGUCAUCAUAUAAAAUACAAAUAAAUCUGACUUCUAUUUAAAAAAAAAAAAAAAAAGGAAUGUCAGUUUUCUAGACCGUCAUGUAGUUUCUGCUGAAAUAACACCCUGAAGUGUGAUCUGAUGUGUAAAUUUUUCCAAGAAUCCUUCCUCCAUUUCUACUCUGUUUUCAUUCUAAUGGAAUGGUUCAAUAAUUGGUAGCUUCUUUCUGGUCAGAAGGAUAAUGAAUGUAGCCCUAAAGGUUGGAAACAGUAAUGUGUACAAGUCUGCUGAAGAAUAUUAAUUUAGGGCUUUGCUUUCUAAGCAAGUUACUGUUACAGCAGUCAGCUGAGUGCUUGCUGAAACUGUGAAGAAUUAAACAUUGCAACAUUGUUCCAUCCUGAUUCUCCACUGGAAAAAAAAAAGGCAAUAGAUUGGAAACAUCAAGUCUGGGGUUUUACUAGUACUUUGGAGUCAGGAACUGAGUUUUCUUUGAAUUUCAAAGGCAGUUUGUAGCUUUCAUUGAGGGCCUUCUGAAAAGACUGGUUUAUGGUUUUUGGUUUUGUUCCCCAGUGAUAUCUAAACUGAGUAAUAAAAUAAUUGCUGACAUACCGGUUUAUUUGCAAUGUUGUAUUCAACAAUAAACAGAAGGCAUGCUCA